AUGGAAUUAUCAUCAAAUCUUAGCUUGGAUAGUCCAUCAGGAUCAUUCCGACGUAAUAAGCUGUCAAAGAAACCGACAAUUAUGAUUACCAAUUUGAAUAACAAUUCCACGGAAGUGGAAGAUGAUUUCAACGGUGAAUUCGAUGAACUUUCAUCUUCUCCACUUAUUACUUCUCGUAAGCUAACUGCUACUCCUCAGAUGUCAACAGCAACAUUAAUUCCGAGUGAAUCACUCAACUUUCUGGCAACUGCAAAUGAUGAAGGUAGUAAUAUAUCUUCUUCCUCUUCCAUUUCUUCCAAUCCGUUGGGUAUUGCACCGGAUACAGAAGAUAAUCUAAUCACUAAAUGUCGUACAAUAUCAUUAGCAAGUACAAGCAAUAGUUUGCAUGAUGAUGAUAAGGAAAAAUUGGAUGAAAAGAGAAAGAAAUCAUCAUUACAAAACUUUCGACUUUAUAAUUUACAGAUGGAACAACGAUCAUUAAAUAAACAACGUUCCAUGGAAGUAUUACCUUCUCUUACAUCAGCACAAAUUCAUUUGAUACGAAAUAUUUGGCGUCAAGUUUAUGUAACAAAAGGUCCAACUCUAAUUGGUUCAACAUUAUUACAUGGAAUGUUUUUUAAAUCGAAAAAAAUUAAAGAGCAAUUCUUUCGAUGUCCAUUUCCUCAUUGUUAUCCCAAUCGUGAUAGUUUCAAUAAAGCACAUGCAAAAGCUAUCGGUAAAAUGUUAGAUAAGAUUGUUGACAAUUUAGAAAAUUUAGAUGCAAUAUCUCCAUAUUUCUUUUCAAUCGGUGCUGUACACACAAAUUUAACUCGACAAAUGUCAAAGGAAGUAUGGAAUUUAAUGGCGGAAACGUUUAUCGAUUGUACUUUAGAUUGGGGUGAUAAGAAAGGACGAACGGAAGCUUCAAGAAAAGCGUGGGCUUUCAUUAUCUCAUUUGUUAUCGAAAAAAUUAAAGUGGGACAUUUAUAUGAACGACGACAAUCAUCCUUUCGUAGACGUUCAUCAAUAAUGAUUUUACCAUCUCAAACAGAAGAAACAACAGCACUCACUUCAUUACCAUCUUCCGCUCCAACAGUUGAAUUUUGGAAAUCUAUGGAAGAAUUUGAACCACCUGUUCAAAUGCUCUAA